AUGUCCGCCGCUGUUAACACGCCGGCUGCUCCCCCGAAUGCAGUGCCUGACGUUCAGAAUGUCGAGGGAACCCACCUUGUCGUAGACGAUGAGCAAGCCACUGAUGAUUCCGCAACGGACAUUGGGAGCAGUGUCGUGUCGUCAAUGACCAGCCUCUCCAGCUCGAUCUACAAUCAUCGUCUUGAGAAUGGUCGAACAUACCAUCGGUACAAGGAGGGCAAAUACCAGUAUCCCAAUGAUGAGAGGGAGAAUGACAGACUCGAUCAAGACCUUCAACAUGAACUGUGUCUCAUCACUUUAGAUCACAAGCUUGGCCUAGCACCUCCGAAUGAGGAAGACUCCAAAGUGAAGCGUGUUCUAGAUUUGGGUACAGGAACCGGACUUUGGGCUAUAGAGUUUGGGGAAACACAUCCUGAUGCAGAGGUUAUUGGCGUUGAUCUAACUCCUCCGACGGCAGCAGUUCCUCCCAAUGUGGUUUUUGAGGUCGAUGACAUCGAGGAGCCUUGGACCUACAGCCAACCGUUCGACUACAUACACAGUCGCCUGAUGACAUCAAGUAUUUCGCAGUGGAAACCUUACCUCCAGAAGUGCUUCAACAAUCUCACGCCUGGUGGGUAUUUUGAGUUGUUCGAAUCUGGAUCUGGACUUCGAGCAGAUGACGAUACGCUCAAGGAGGACUCGGUGAUCGUUACAAGCGGAAAGCUCUUCAAUGAAGCACUUGCAAAACUAGGACGACCAUUCCAGGAGAUCCCAGAACUCGUCGACAUCAUGAAUGAAAUUGGGUUUGUCGACAUUGUUGUGACCAAGUACAAAUGGCCGAUGAACCAGUGGCCCAAGGACCCGACGCACAAGCUCAUCGGUGCAUGGUCGCUUCAGAAUAACCUCGAUGGUAUUGAGGGCUGGUUCAUGGCUGGAUUCACCCGCGCACUCGGUUGGAAGAAGGAAGAAGUUCAGGUCCUCCUCGUUGACCUUCGCAAGGAACUAAAGGACACAAGUAUCCACGCCUACAUGCCUAUUUAUGCUAUCUAUGGAAGAAAGCCAGAAUAA